AGGUAGGAUAAAUCUUUAAGUGUGUAACAUAAGAAAACCUAUAACAUUUUAAACAUGAAUGGUAUAAUACCUGAAAUGGAACAAAUCAUCAGUCAGCUUGAAAGAGGAACUGUAGUAACAAAAUUUUUUUCAAGAAAAAGACCAGAGAAAAAGACUCUUAUGAUAAAAAGAGAAACUAGACAAAUUGUAUGGUCAAGGAGUGCAACGUUUAGACCUUUUGAUGGUUCAGGCACACAUUUUGCAUGGUUAUGAAGAUAUAUCUACAGCAAAAAUGGGCAAAAUUAUCUGAAGAUACUAUUUAUAGGUCAAAAACCUGAAGGAAAGGUCCUUGUGAAUAAUGUAUAUGGUUGAAAUAAGGGAAAUCAAAGAAAUUAAAGUAGGAAAGCAUUCUAAAGAUUUUGAGAAAUGGCCAGAAGAUGCAAAAAGGAUAGAAAAUCUUAGGUGUUUUGUUGUGUAUUAUGGUUCUGAAUUUCGUCUUAAAACUCUUUCAAUUUCUGCUCUUAGUGAGAAAGAAUGUGAACUUUGGGUGAAAGGAUUACGUCGUUUGGUUCAAGAUACUAUAAAAGCUCCUUAUCCUUUACAAGUUGAAAGAUGGCUUAGGAAAGAAUUUUAUGCAAUGGAAAAUUCAAGAGAAACAGUUACUUUAAAAGAUAUAAAAGCAUUUUUACCUAGAGUUAAUUGUAAAAUAGCAACAAAUAAACUUAGAGAACUUUUUCAAGAAAUAGAUACAAGAAAUAGAAAUGAACUUGGUUUUGAUGAUUUUGUUGCACUUUAUCAUAAACUUAUCUUUGAUCAAAAUAAUCUUACAGAUUGGAAUAAAUUACUUAAUUAUUCUAAAACGGGACAAAUUGUUACAGUCCAAGAAUUUCAGAACUUCUUAAUAACUGAACAACAAGAUCCUUUAGGAAAUAAUGAGGUUGAACUAUCAUGUUUUAUUAGAGAUUAUUUACAAGAUCUUCAAAGAGAUGUGCAAGAACCACAUUUUACAUUUUCGGAAUUCAUCGAUUUCUUGUUUUCAAAACAAAAUUCUAUUUGGGAUCCAAAAUACUCGCAUAUUUAUCAAGAUAUGACUAAACCUCUUGCACAUUAUUGGAUAGCAUCAUCACAUAAUACAUACUUAAUGGGAGAUCAAAUUAGCAGUGAAAGCAGUUGUCAAGCUUAUAUUCGUGCAUUAAGAGCUGGAUGUAGAUGUAUAGAACUUGACUGUUGGGAUGGACCAGAUGGAAUGCCUUUUAUUUUUCAUGGGCACACACUUACUACAAAGAUUAAAUUUUUGGAUGUUAUUAAAACUAUCAAAGAACAUGCUUUUUCUACCUCUGAUUAUCCUGUCAUUUUAUCCAUUGAGGACAAUUGUACUUUACCACAACAACGUAAAAUGGCAAUCACAAUGCAAGAUGUAUUUGGUGAUAUGUUAUUAGUUCAACCUGUAGAUAAAAAUGAAACUUUUUUACCAUCUCCACAUGCACUGAAAAGAAAAAUUAUAUUGAAACAUAAAAAAUUACCUGACGGCGUAGAAGAAACAUCAUUUCUUAUUCGAAACGAUGAAAGCAGACAAGAAAUGGAUCUUAGAAAUACGGUUAAAAAUGGCAUUCUUUAUCUUGAAGAUCCCGUUGACAGAGAGUGGAAUCCACAUUUUUUUGUAUUAACACAGCAAAAGUUAUUUUACACAGAUACAUUUUCCAGAACUCAAGAAACUGAACAUGACGAUGAUGAAGAAGCUGUAGUUCGUCGACCUACCGAUGGAGUACCAAAUGAUGAAUUACAUUUUGGUGAAAAAUGGUUCCAUGGUAAAUUAGCAAGAGGUAGAGAAGAAGCAGAGGAAUUACUACGACAUUAUUCACAUCUUGGUGAUGGCACAUUUUUAGUUAGACAAUGCGUUACAUUUGUUGGUGAUUAUUGCCUUUCUUUUUGGCGCAAAGGGAAAGUAAAUCAUUGUCGUAUUAAGCUCAAGCAAGAAAUGGGUCAGACACAAUAUUAUCUUAUUGAUACGAAUUGCUUUGAUAGUUUAUAUAGCUUAAUUACACAUUAUCGCAAUCAUCCAUUAAGAAGUCAAGAAUUUUUAAUCACACUUCAAGAACCUGUUCCACAACCAAACAAACAUGAAGAAAAAGAAUGGUGGCAUGCUGAAUGUACUCGAACUUUAGCUGAAGAAAUGUUAAAACGAAUUCCUACCGAUGGUGCAUUUUUGGUGAGACCGAGUGAAAAAGAAAGCAAUUCUUAUGCUAUAUCUUUUAGGGCAGAAAAAAAGAUUAAGCAUUGUAGGAUUAAACUAGAAGGACGAUUAUAUACUAUUGGUACUGUACAAUUUGAAAGUUUGGUUGAAUUAGUUAAUUAUUAUGAAAGGCAUCCAUUAUAUAAAAAAAUUAAAUUAAAUCAUCCUGUAAAUCAAGAUAUUAUUAGAAAAAUGGAAUUGGAUAUAGAUGACGGAUCUGUUUAUGGUAUUCCUGGUUAUAUGGAUCCUACUAGUUUUACAUCAAAAGUGACUGUAAAGGCUAUAUAUGAUUACAAAGCAAGAAGGGAUGAUGAAUUAACAUUAGUAAAACAUGCUAUAAUAACAAAUGUACAUCGACAAAGCGGUGGUUGGUGGCGAGGAGACUAUGGCGGUAAAAAACAACAUUGGUUCCCUGCUAGUUACGUUGAAGAAAUAAAACCACAAGAAAGUCAAGAUUCAGCAGAUUCUAUGAUGUUUGGUAGUCUACAAAAAGGCUCAUUGGACAUCAUGGGUGCUGUAGUUGAAUUAAGAGUAGGCGGACGACCCGGAUUAGAAUGGAUAUUAAGAAUACAAAAUCCUAGUAUGUGUUCAGUAUUUGAAGUAGCAACUUCAUCGAAAGAUACAGCACUAGAAUGGAUGUCCAGUAUUAAAGAAACUGCUCAAAAUGCCAGUGUCAGAGAGAAUCAACAUAAAGAAAUGGAACGUGCAUGGAGAAUAGCUAAGGAAAUGUCUAAUUUAAUAGUUUAUUGUAGAUCCGUCGCAUUUAAUUUAGAUAGAAUAAAAACAAAAGGUUUUAUAUUUAAUGAAAUGAGUAGCUUUCCUGAGACAAAAGCUGAAAAACUUAUGUGUCAACAAGAAAACAAAUUUUUUAUAAAGUAUCAUCAGAUUCAAUUUAGCAGAGUAUAUCCAAAAGGACAACGUAUUGAUUCAUCAAAUUAUAAUCCUGUGCCAAUGUGGAAUGUUGGUUGUCAAAUGGUAGCACUGAAUUAUCAAACUGGUGAUAAAUCAAUGCAGCUUAAUCAAGCAAAAUUUAGAGAAAACGGCAACUGUGGUUAUAUUUUAAAACCCGAGUUCAUGUUUAGAGAUGAUUUUAAUCCGUAUGACAAGAAUUGUUUACAUAGAAUAGAAAGUCUUAAGUUUUCCUUAAAAAUUAUUGGUGCAAGACAUUUAAUCAGAUCAGGCAGAGGCAUAGCUAGUCCUUUCAUUGAAAUUGAAAUUAUAGGAGCUGAUUUUGAUUCUGGUACAAAAUUAACAACAAGAACAAUACCUGAUAAUGGAUUCAACCCCAUGUGGAAUGAGUCUUGCGAAUUCGAAGUUUUUAAUCCAUAUUUCGCAUUCAUACGAUUUGUUGUACAAGAUGAAGAUAUGUUUGGUGAUAGUAAUUUUAUUGGACAAGCCACUUAUCCCGUUCGAUGUUUGCAACCAGGAUAUAGAAGCGUUCCAUUAAAAAACAAUUACAGUGAAGAUCUUGAACUUGCGUCAUUAUUAGUACAUCUUCGAAUUACAUCUUCGGAAAGAUGUACAUUCGCAUAAUUUAUAAAGUCGAUAGUAAAUUACGGGCUUUAAGAUAUGUAUCAGAAAGGUUAUUAUUUAACAUAAGUACUGUUACAUGAAAUGCUUUAAUGAAAAUCUGUAAUUAAUUGAAAUAUUAUCAUAGAAGACUGGUUAUUUACAAAGAUGUAAUUCUUCAAAUUAAAGUCAAUAAUUUAAGAAUAUUAUACGUUAUGUAUAAUAUC